CUCUCGGCUCCUUCGUAGCGACACCCUGCUGUCUGCUCUUUCUCCCUUGAAGCAGAUUUUCUGGAGCCCAAGAUCAGAAGUUGGUUUUUUAUGGACACAGUGGCCCUACCGAACCUCUGCAGGAGAUGAACAGGAAUAGGGCUUGUGAAUGCCAAGCGCGUCAGGCACCCUGAGGCUUAUGAGAAAGGGGCUUUAGUCCAGCCAGAUUUGACGCCCACUCGAAAAUGGAGUUAAAAUGCUCCGAAGUUCUUUCUCAAGCAAGCCUGCUAGGGUGGUCAAUUACAGAACCUGGACCAAAUGUUCCUUCUGUGUGUCUGCCAGGAGAGUCUCUUUGGACUCUUUGAGCUCUGACUUUGACCAGCCUUCAGAAUACAGAACACCAAACUGCAGUCAGUAUAAAUUACCAGGAUGUCCCAGAGACUUUAACCCCGUGUGUGGAAGCGACAUGUCCACUUAUCCCAACGAGUGUACUCUGUGUAUGAAAAUCAGGGAAGAUGGUCAUGAUAUUAAAAUAAUCCGGAGUGGACUGUGUUGAUGGAGUGGUUUAUAGAAGAGAACUCGGAGAAACCACCUUCAGCAGUAUGCUGGAUGAAUUCCAUUUCCCCUUUUCUCUUUCUUAUGUUCCUUUGCAUGGGAUUUGUUAGCCCACAUUUUCUGAGAGGAGGUGUGGAAGAGAGCUAUGUGCAGUGACUGAUAAUUAAAACAAACACAAAAAAAUCCUGUUUCUUGGCUUUUGCCCCUUGAGUUAAGCUUAUUACCCAGGUGCCUUGUGCAUUGCUUUAUUUAGCUGGAAUAAAAUCAGCAUUGUCUUCAA